UGAAGCGUUGCUGAGUGGCAGCUGUGAUGGCCGGGGAUGGUGGCUGCUGGGAAGGAGGAUCCCAGAGACAAGGCCCUGGCUCCAUCAGCUAUGAGCUUUGCGCAUCGGGCAUCGGCUGCAAAAGUUGAGCCAAGGUGGAGAACUGCGUGUUCAGAAUUUCGAUGCUGUCCUCCAAAGCUUGUGGAGAUGCUGAGAACCAACAAGACUUUGGACAUUGGGAUGGAGACCAGCGAUGCAUCAGGCUUUUCGCAAACCUCCACAGCGCACUUGAUGUACGACCUGAUAGCUGACUGGUUGCACGCAGGAUCAAAGAGCUCAGGAGGACAUAUACAUCAAGGCGGUUCAGCUUCGCCCCCUCAGUUUGAGGUGAAGCUGGUGCAUCUGGUUUCUGCUGAGGAGGCCCAAAACAAGGUGCUGACGAGCUCUGCAGCAGCUGAUGGUGGGAGGGCAUCCUUCUUGGUGAGGAAGCGAUGCAGAAGCAUUGAGCUCCGCGGCUGCUCUAAAACCCAGGCCAUCAGAACCUUCAGGGCAAGCUGGCUGAUCCCACUUCAGGCUAACCGAUCUCCUCCAAUUGAGGCAAGUCGCUUGGGCUGAAGAUGGCUGAAGAGACCAGAGGUCCUGGCCUUGGCAAAAUGCCAGAUAGCGACUUUUGGCGCCCCAAAGUGGCCAAAA